GCAUCAAGGUCCGAGAGGUCAGGUGCCAGCAGGAGCGGGCUUGGGGUGUGCGGGUCCGAGAGGUCAGAGGUUAGCUAGAGAGGGGUUGGGGCGCCGGGUUCCCGGAGGUCAGGGGUCAGCAGGAACAGGGCAGCAGCGUCAGGGUCCGAGAGGUUAGGGGUCGGCAGAGGCGGGGCUGGGACCCUGGGGGUCAGGGCUCGGGGGUCAGGGCGGGGUCGGGUUCGCUGGUAGCCUGCGCAUGGGCCUCCAGCUUCGCGCGCUGUUGGGAGCCUGCGGACGGUGGACCCUGCGCCUGGGACCGCGUCCGUCCUGCUCGCCGCGCAUGGCGGGGAACGCGGAGCCACCGCCCGCGGGAUCCGCGCGCCCCCAGGAUCGGAGGUCCCGCAGUUGCUGGGCCGGGGGUGCCCGCGUCUGGGAGGACGGAGAGCAUCCGGCGAAGAAGGUCAAGAGCGAUGGGGACGAGGAGCGGCGCGGGAAGCUGCCCAAGCGCAAGAUCGUGCUGCUCAUGGCCUACUCGGGCAAGGGCUACCAUGGCAUGCAGAGGAAUGUUGGGUCUUCACAAUUCAAAACAAUUGAAGAUGACUUGGUGUCUGCCCUCGUCCGGUCAGGCUGUAUUCCUGAAAAUCAUGGCGAGGACAUGAGGAAAAUGUCCUUCCAGCGCUGUGCCCGGACAGACAAGGGUGUGUCCGCAGCCGGCCAGGUGGUAUCCCUGAAGGUGUGGCUGAUUGACAACAUUCUAGAAAAGAUCAACAGCCACCUUCCCUCUCACAUUCGGAUCCUGGGACUGAAGCGGGUCACAGGCGGGUUUAACUCCAAGAACAGAUGUGAUGCCAGGACCUACUGCUACCUGCUGCCCACGUUUGCCUUUGCGCACAAGGACCGGGACGUGCAGGAUGAGACCUACCGCCUGAGCGCCGAGACGCUGCAGCAGGUCAACAGGCUCCUGGCCUGCUACAAGGGCACGCACAACUUCCACAAUUUCACCUCGCAGAAGGGGCCACAGGAGCCCAGCGCCCGCCGCUACAUCCUGGAGAUGUACUGCGAGGAACCCUUUGUGCGGGAGGGCCUGGAGUUCGCAGUGAUCAGGGUGAAGGGCCAGAGCUUCAUGAUGCAUCAGAUCCGGAAGAUGGUUGGCCUGGUGGUGGCCAUUGUGAAGGGUUAUGCCCCUGAGAGUGUGCUGGAACGCAGCUGGGGCACAGAGAAGGUGGACGUGCCCAAGGCGCCAGGACUUGGCCUGGUCCUGGAGAGGGUGCACUUCGAGAAGUACAACCAGCGCUUUGGCAAUGAUGGGCUGCACGAGCCGCUGGACUGGGUGCAGGAGGAGGGCAAGGUCGCAGCUUUCAAGGAGGAGCACAUCUACCCCACCAUCAUCGGCACUGAGCGAGAUGAACGCUCCAUGGCCCAGUGGCUGAGCACCCUGCCCGUCCACAACUUCAGUGCCACCGCUCUCACAGCAGCUGGCACAGGCGCCAAGGUGCCCAGUCCCCUGGGAGGCAGCGAAGGGGACGGAGACACCGACUGAGGCGGUGGGAGCUGCCCACCAGAGUGCCUCUGAGCAGCUCACAGUGUGUGCCCUGGCGUGCCAUCCCUGUGGGCAGCAAGAAGCUGGGAUCGCUGCAGCCAUGUUUUCCCAGCCAUGAGAACCAUGGUUUCUCAGGGCUGCCUGGCAGAUGUGGCCUGGCGUUGUAACCUCAGGACCUUUCCUUGUAGGAACAGCCUUUCUCGAAUCUAUUUUCAGCUCUUGCAUUGCACAGAUGAACCUCAGCAUGUAAAUAACUAUUUUUUUAAAGAAGUGAUUUUCUUAUUAAACAAGUACAAAUUUUGCUUAGUCA